GGAGCGCAGACACAAGCGGCGUUAUUUCUGUGUUGGACUUCACUGGCUCCAUCUUGGGUCCAUCGGGGGAUUAGGUUCACUCUCCUGGCUUCGCUCGUUCCUUCUGUCAAUCCAUUUGCUGCUGGAAGAUGGGCUAGUUUGUGUAAUGUGGUUGUUGUGCUCAAGGUUUGGUUGUAGAAAGGGCCAAAGCAUUGUCGAGACGGUCGAUUCACGAGAUGCAAUUUGUAAUCUGCAAAAGUGAAUUAGUAGCGAAGGGGGGAUGUGGGUAAUCUGUUCGGGGCAAAUUGAGGUUGUCGCGAGGGUAUGGGCGUGAUCGUGUUUGUUGAGACGUGCCUCGGGGUUUAGUGAGGCUGCUUUGAGGUGUAGUGUUGGUUUUGGCUAGGUUGAGAUUGUACUGAGAUUUUUGUUGGGUGUGUGGUGUUGAGAGUGCUGCGGGAGAUUGAGGGUGGAAAUUUUCUCGAUAAGGGUGGGGAUGCAUUCGAUGUGAAGACGGUCUGAGCCGCUUUGCGGAUCGGGCAAUUGUUGAGGAGGAAUUGUUUGAUUCUGUCGUCGAUGCUACCCGUCGUAUUCUGUGUCUGAAGGAAUGGUUAAUGUCUCGUAUGAGUUUAUGUCUCUUUUGUAGUUCACCUGCGUCUAACAGCACCUUGAUUGUACGUUGCAAGAUUGAGUAGAUCACAAGCUGUAUCUCAUUCUAAGCUCCGGGGAGCAGCUUUGCAUUCUGUCUACGAAAUUUCGACAGGGUUCAAUAGAAGUUGAUAGACGAGGUGGAGCUCCACUUUCUACCAUCUGGUGCUGGGUACCACGAUGGAGCUCAAGUACUUGUGUAUAGGAUUCGCGUGAAAGACGGGGGCCUUGAUGAGUUUGGUGGACUCACACCCAGUGCCAUCGCCACUGGCAGUACUUGCAGGAUGCGUGCGAGGUCCGUCAGGAUUUAAAAAAUCAUAACCGAUAUUCUUGUUUGAAACUGCGAGCUUAUUUGGUCAACCAGUGGGAGGUAGGACAAAAUUUCGCCUAGGUAUGGAAUUAGCAAAGUGCCUUAAAUUUCUAACAGACCUCCUAGAACUGGAUCACUCUCAGAACGUGGACGUCCUUUUUGAGAAUGCGGCUGCGGGCGGGAAUCUCUGUAAUUCCGCGGCGUGAAAACGAAAUAUUGUUUCACGUGUGAAUGCUGCUUGAAUCUUUGCGGAAGCUGCAUUUGAAUUUCCACUUCUGGGGUGGAGGGUACUGAGCUUAAGAUGUGAGUAGAAACUCUGCAGAUUGCAGCAAGGAUCUCGUAUAUGGGAUUGUCUCAUGUUGCUUGGAGAAGAAAGUUUUAGGAUCACAUUCAUUGAGACAAGCUGGAGCGGGUACAGAGAAGGAGGUGGGCGGUCUGGAUGCACCGAGCCAACAAGAAAAUGUUCGAACCUGGGUGGCAUCCCCAAGGCCUGCGAGUGAAGAGAGGCAUACUCGUAGGACGCAGAGCUAGCCCCACCACGCCCGUGCCUAGUUGGAAGGUGUUUGACAACCAGCUUUACGAUGGCAUUGCAGCUGCGGGUACAGCGCGAGCUGCAAUUCGGAGAGCAACCCCUGUUUCAGCUCGAAAACUCGCGGCCUCCUUGUGGGAGCUCCAAGAUCAUCCUCUUCCUGCCUGUCUCUGCAGCCAGCAUUGGCUGAAAGGGAUCUCCGACAAUUCAAGUCCUCGUUCGCAGGCAGAUUCUUACUUCUCUCCUCGCAGUUGCAAGUUUGCCUACCAGCAAUACGUGAAGACAGGGGCAGAGAAUGAUAAACGCGGUGAGGAUUUCGGGAAGCAUUUGGCUGCCAUGAGUAUGCAUGUUCAUCACUCCGAGAAGGGUGAGAAACCUGAUUAUCAUGUGACAUAUGCACCCAUACAGAUCGAAGGUCAGAGUCACCAGUUUUCUCCGGCUUACUCGAACUGCUCCAGUCAUAGGAAAUGUAACAGAAAGGCUGUGGAUGAUUCGACGACUACCUCAAGUGAGCUCCUGAAAGUCUUGAGCCGCAUACGCAUUCUAGAAGAGCAGCACAACUCUAGCUUAAGUUUGACAAGUACGCUACGGGCAGAAUUAGAGCAAGCUCGUGCUCGGGUACAUGAUCUGGAGAAGACGCAGAAAGCGGCUCGGAGGGAGGUAGAAAGCAUCAUGAAGAAGAUGAUAGAUGUGAAAGCAAGCUGGAAAGUCAAGGAGCAGGAAAAGAUGCAAGAGAAGAUAGCCAUUGGUGUGCAAGCUGUGAAGGAUGAGUUGGAGGACGAGCGAAAGGUGAGACACAGGCUUGAAAUUUCGAAUCUGAGGAUGACAAAAGAACUGGUGGAGGUCAAGAUGGCUGCUGGUAAAGCGCUUGAACAGCUUGAGAACGAACGCAGAACAAGGCAGCUAAUGGAAGAUGUCUGCGAUGAGUUGGCUCGCGAAAUUGGGCAAGGCAAACUUGAAAAGGAAGAAUUCAUACGGCAGUCUGAGAGAGUUCGGGACGAGCUUGAGGAAGAGCGACGCAUGCUGCAAUUAGCCGAGGUCUGGCGGGAAGAACGUGUACAGAUGAAGCUCAUCGAAGCCAAAGUGGCGCUUGAGGAAAAAGGCGCAGCUCUAGACUUCAUGCGGGGAGAGCUGGAAGCUUUCUUGAGAUGUCAAAAGGGAAAUGGUCGAAACCCUGCCUUGAAGGAAGCUCAGGUCUUACGCAAUGUCAUCACUGCUAUGCAUCCGAGUAGACUAAUCGCAUCUUUUCCCUCAAUCGCACUCAACCAGGAACCCUCAUCCGACAAUGAUGUGUACACGGUGAAUCUGAGCGCUGAGGAUCAAUUGACUAGUGAUGAAGCAUUGGAAGAUAGAUACAGAGGAAAUCUCCUAGACUCGCAGGAUACCGCCAACAGGUGGGAGGACAGCGAGGGCGACAUGGUUGAAGCGAACUAUGAUGCGAGAAUCUUCUCAUCCGCAAAUGUUCAUGUUCGCAGGCGGAACUCGCACAAAUGGCAUGCCGAGGGCACAAACGAAGGGGAGUCUGACUUUGUAAGCGAGUCUCAUGACUCUGAGAAAGAAGAUACACACGAGGUUGCUUGUGAGGAGUUCCCCUGGAACGGUUACUAUGAGGAUGACCUUCGACUUGGCAACGAUGGCAUUGUUCACGCUCCAGAUCCUCAAGACAGCGUCGACGAGUACUCGCUUACCGUUGAGGAUAUAGAGGCACUGAGCAGGCCCAAUGGACACCACGUAGAAGUGGUUUGGGGAGAAGGGGCCUUCGAUGAUGUCCAAGCUAAUUGCUUUGCAUUGCGGCGAGAUGACGACGCUCUCGACCAGCAUCACUCGUCCAAGCGUCUCCUGAAUGAGCACGUGAAUCAUCUCAUGUCUGAUUCUUCUCCUCAUCAAAAGCCACAACAGUUGCAGUCGCCUGAUAAAGCAAGCAAUACACACAUUAUUCGAGGGAUGAAAGGGCAUAUGAAGUGGCCCAGGAACAUCGACGUGGUUAUGCGAUCCAAACUUUUGGAGUCGAACCUUGAGAGGCAACAGCUCCGUCACAGAUAGUGACAUAAUGGGUGUUACUUUUAUAUUGCUACUGUAUACUGAUUAUAUACCACAUUUACCCAGAUGUUUCAGUUCAGAAAUUCAGUUCAGAUGUCGCUGAAUCAAAACGCUUGCAGGAAGUGCACAAGCACGACAGCAUGCAUGAGUGCUCCGUCAACAGAAACCCUGGAGAUCCAUCGAACUCGGCUGUUUCUGGGUUAAGCAUUGGCGGUUAUUGAAUUCUUGUAAAGCUCACCAUUCUUGAUGGCAAGAGUUUUUAAGGUUGGUCUGCAAUUGAGAAUGCUAGGGAGCCAGCAACAAUUUGUACACAAACAAUGUAAUACAAUCAAUAUUUUCAAUUCGAUAAUUACCAAACUCA